GGCAGCGGCAGUGGCGGAUAUGGAGACGAACGCCUCAAACAGAAAUUCUUCCACGUCUCCGGGAUCAGAAGCCGAUCCAGUCUACUUGCUGGUCAUUAAGGGCAUCCCACUGUGUACCAUCAUCGUAAUGGCGAUUCUUGGUAACUUGCUGGUGGUAGUCAGCGUUUGUCGCUACCGUAAGCUACGCAACAUCACCAACUGCUUCGUGGUGAGCCUGGCCAUCGCCGACGUGCUUGUUGCCCUGAUAGCUAUGCCUUUCAACGCCAGCGUGGAGCUAUCCGGCCGCUGGAUGUUUGGUUAUGCCAUGUGCGACGUCUGGAACUCACUGGACGUUUACGCCAGCACCGUGUCCAUCAUCCACCUCUGCUGCAUCAGCAUCGACCGCUACUACGCCGUGGUCAAGCCGCUCAACUAUCCGCUGGUGAUCACCGAGCAGCGAGUUAUCAUCAUGCUCACGUUCGUCUGGGUGUUCCCUGUCACGAUCUCCUUCGUCCCUAUCUUUCUCGGCUGGUAUACUACGGCGGAGCACCUGGCAUUCCGUGAUCAACAUCCUCUCGUUUGCAACUUCAUCGUGAACCGCGCGUACGCCGUCAUCUCGUCCAGCAUCUCCUUCUGGAUCCCCUCCGCCAUCAUGUGCGUCAUGUACUACUUCGUGUACCAGGAAGCGAUACGACAGGCCAAAUUUCUCUACAAAAACGCGUCGGCCGCCAGCCGCUCACAGAUCGCUAUGAACGGCGGUGCCACAUCUCCUGCGCGGAAGGGUCCGCUAGACGGCGACGACCGCGCCGGAGAGACCGUCCAGAAGAUACGGCACGAGCACAAGGCAGCGCGCACGCUGGGCAUCAUCAUGGGGGUGUUCGUGCUCUGCUGGCUGCCGUUCUUCACCUGGUACAUCACGGUGUCGCUCUGCCGCGAGGCCUGCCCCUGCCCGGAUGUGGUAGUGGUGGUGCUCUUCUGGAUCGGCUACCUCAACUCUUGCCUGAACCCGCUCAUCUACGCCUAUUUCAACCGUGACUUCCGGGAGGCGUUCCGCCAGACUCUGCAGUGCGUCUUCUGGCCGUGCUGCGGCAGAAGACGGGACGAACGCAUCAGCGUGUGAUGCGCCAUUCGCGGCCCGCUUGUCCGCGGCCGUCGCGGCGGCGCCGCCUGAUGAACGGUCGACAUGAUGCGCCACUCUCGCCUCG